UCACUCGCCUCCUCACGGUCCCGCCAUCGACCCAGCUACCCCUUACGGCUCCCUUCAGCCUAGCCAGGGAAUGGGCAGCAAUGGACAUCAUCACGGCGCUGCUGGAAUGAUGACCGAUCAUCCACAUCACCCAGGCCACCCUCACCCCCACUUACCAAGUCAUCCAGCUUAUCCACCGGUUAAUCACAACAACAACUGUACGCUUAAGCAAGAAGGAGGUCCAAGCGGACCAACGGGGAUCCAGCAAUGCGCCGGUUGCGGCGGUCAAAUAGUAGAAAGAUGGUUGUUGCUCGCAAUGGAUCGGUAUUGGCACAACGGUUGCCUCAAGUGCUCGUACUGUGGCGCGGCACUGGCGGAAAUCGGCCACUCGUGCUACACCAGGAGCGGCAUGAUCCUCUGCAAAAGCGACUACAGAAGGAUGUUUGGAAGUAGUGGUGCUUGUGCAGGUUGCGGCAACGCGAUACCUGCCACAGAGCUGGUAAUGAGGGCGGGUGGAUCGGUAUUUCAUCAGAAAUGCUUCACCUGUAGCAAAUGCGGAAAUCAACUCGUUUCCGGCGAUAGGUACUACUUGCUAUCGGGGUCACCGGUGUCGACGUCGUGGACGUGGCCGUCGGAGGGGAUCCCUAUUCGCCGCCUCCGCCGGGUCAUCAGCAGUACCACCAUCAUCACCACCACCAUCACCACCAUCAUCAGAUGGGAGUCGUACAUCCGGGACUGGCGGUACAGCAAACGCACCUGCAGGCGUCCACCUAUCAGGACUGGUCUCCAUGGGCACAGGACACCUGCGAUUGAACAACCUUAA